AUAAGGCGGCAUGAGAUUUUAGGGAAGAAGAAGGAAGAAGUAGUGGUUGGUUAGAAGCAAAAAUAAUAUACAUUUUUCCUUUCAUGGCCUUCAUUUUUAUAUAUAAUAUAAUUUUCACCGAGAUCCCCGCUUUCUCUUACUUUCUAAAAACUUAGGUCCAUUGUCUUCUUCUUCUUCUUCUUGCUUGCUUUGGGACUUGGGUUCUCCCCGAUUCCCGCAAUUUAGAUAAAUGCAUCUUCUUUUAUCGACCAAGCUAUAGGGGUUGUUUGUUUGGAGCUUCUUUUAGGGGAGGAUCUAAAGGAGGAGGAGAAGCAUUGGCUAUGGAAAUGAUUUUUUUGAGUUACUUCUUAGUUGGGUUUUUGUGCAUUUGGGGGACAAAUGGGUUUGAGUAUGGUAAUGUUACACAGCUGUCUCUCGAACCUUUCCAUGGCUUCACUGCUUCCGCCGCCGCUGCUGCUUCUGGUAUAAAUCAACUCAUGGUAGAUCUCACUCUCAUUCAAAGUGCUGCUGCAAAGGGUGCUGUUUGUUUGGAUGGAACAUUGCCGGGUUAUCAUUUACAUCCCGGUUAUGGAUUCGGAUCAAACAGUUGGCUAAUUCAAUUGGAGGGUGGAGGGUGGUGUAAUAGUAUCAGAAACUGUGUUUUCGGGAAGAAGACAAAGCGAGGGUCGUCAAAUUAUAUGGAAAAACAGAUAGCGUUUACGGGUAUUCUUAGCAAUAAGGCAGAAGAAAAUCCAGACUUCUUCAACUGGAACAGAGUAAAACUUCGUUAUUGUGACGGCGCUUCCUUUGCUGGAGAUAGUCAAGAUCAGGCUGCCCAACUGCAGUUUAGAGGGCAAAGGAUAUGGUUGGCUGCCAUGGAAGACUUGAUGUCAAAAGGAAUGCGUAAUGCCAAUCAGGCUCUUCUUUCGGGUUGUUCAGCAGGGGGGCUAUCGGUCAUAUUGCAUUGUGAUGAGUUUCGGAAUUUGUUCCCCGGAAGUAUUAAAGUGAAGUGCCUCAGCGAUGCUGGCUUAUUCUUGGACGCAGAAGAUGUUGCUGGUGGAAGAACUCUAAGGAACUUUUUUAAUGGUGUAGUCAACUUGCAGGGAGUGAAAAAUAACUUGCCGCGUAGUUGCACUAACCAUCUCGAUCCUACUUCUUGUUUUUUCCCUGAGAAUUUGAUUGACAACAUCCAGACCCCACUCUUCAUUCUCAAUGCAGCCUACGAUGCGUGGCAGGUUCAAGCUAGCUUGGCUCCAGCAUCGGCUGAUCCUCAUGGCUACUGGCAUGAUUGCAAGAUGAACAAUGCACGAUGCUCAGAAUCACAGAUCCAAUUCCUGCAAGGUUUCAGGAACCAUAUGCUGAAUUCGGUAAAACGAUUUUCAUUGACGUGGAAGAAUGGUUUGUUCAUUAAUUCAUGUUUUGCACAUUGUCAAACGGAGAGGCAAGAUACAUGGUUUUCCGACAAUGCCCCUCUCAUCGAAAACAAGGGAAUUGCUUUAGCAGUUGGAGAUUGGUAUUUUGAUAGAGCAGGAUGCAGGGCAAUUGAUUGUCCAUAUCCUUCUUGUGACACUACUUGCCACAACUUGGUUUUCAAAUGAAAUCUUCAUUUAAGAUUAUUUGAAAAAUGAAUAUAUAAUCAAUAUUCAUUUCAGUUUUUUUUUAUUCCAUUGUUACUGCAAAUUAAUUGAAUUGAUAAGAAUCAGGUUAUAUAGGCCUCGGCCGACAGAGAUAUUGAUGGCUUUUGUCCAAUUGAUUGAGAAUUAUUUGAGGAGAUAGAUGAGAUAGAGACUACUAGCAUUUUAUUUAUUUAUUUUUAUUUUUGCUACUUGAUGCUGU